AUGGAGAGCUUGGGGUUGCAGGCGGUGACGCUCAGUGAUGGGACGACAACCUACAUCCAGCAAACCAUCAAAGGAGAGAAGCUACUUGAAGGACAAGUGAUCCAGCUUGAAGAUGGAACCACUGCAUACAUUCACCAAGUGACAGUACAGAAAGAAUCUCUCUCCUUUGAAGAUGGACAGCCUGUGCAGCUAGAAGAUGGCACCAUGGCCUACAUACACCGAACACCCAAAGAGGGCUAUGACCCCAGCACCUUGGAAGCUGUCCAGCUGGAAGACGGCUCCACUGCCUACAUUCACCACCCUGUGGCUGUACCAUCAGACAGCACCAUCCUGGCCGUGCAGGCAGAGGUGGGCUUAGAGGAGCUGGGCACAGAGGAUGAUGAGGGCUUCAGUGCAGACACGGUGGUGGCCCUGGAGCAAUAUGCCAGCAAGGUUCUGCACGACGGCCAGGCUCCUCAAAAUGGCAAAGGACAGCAGGUUGGGGACAGAGCAUUCCGCUGUGGCUACAAGGGCUGUGGACGUCUCUACACCACUGCUCAUCACUUAAAGGUGCAUGAACGAGCUCAUACGGGUGACCGCCCGUACAGGUGUGACUUCCCCAGUUGCGGGAAGGCCUUUGCUACAGGCUAUGGACUGAAGAGCCACGUGCGUACCCACACUGGUGAGAAGCCAUACAAGUGCCCAGAGGAGCUGUGCAGCAAGGCCUUCAAGACCUCAGGAGACCUACAGAAGCACGUCCGCACCCACACCGGUGAACGCCCAUUCCGGUGUCCUUUUGAGGGCUGUGGCCGCUCCUUCACCACCUCUAAUAUCCGCAAGGUACAUGUGCGUACCCACACGGGGGAGCGCCCCUACACCUGCCCUGAGCCCCAUUGUGGCCGCGGCUUCACCAGUGCCACCAACUACAAGAAUCAUGUGCGCAUCCACACAGGGGAGAAGCCAUACGUUUGCACGGUGCCAGGCUGUGGGAAGCGCUUCACCGAGUACUCAAGCCUGUACAAACACCAUGUGGUGCACACGCACUGCAAGCCCUACACCUGCAGCACCUGCGGCAAGACCUACCGACAGACCUCCACCCUGCAUGCCAUGCAUAAGCGGAGCGCCCACGGCGAACUGGAGGCCACCGAGGAGAGCGAGCAGGCCCUUUAUGAGCAACAGCAGCUCGAGGCCGCCUCUGCAGCUGAGGAGAGCCCACCACCCAAACGACCCCAAGUUGCUUACCUUUCGGAGGUGAAGGAAGAGAGCCAUGACAUCCCAGCCCAAGUGGCCAUGGUGACAGAGGAGGAUGGGGCCCCGCAAGUGGCUCUGAUCACUCAGGAUGGUGCCCAGCAGGUCAGUCUGUCCCCUGAAGAUCUGCAGGCCCUGGGGAGUGCCAUCAGCAUGGUGACCCAGCAUGGCAAUACCACCCUCACCAUCCCCAGUCAUGACAACGACCUUGUCACAGCUGGCACACAUACGGUCACCAUGGUCAGCGCGGAUGGCACCCAGACGCAGCCCGUCACAAUCAUUACCUCUGGAGCUGUAGUGGCUGAGGACUCAAGUGUAGCAUCUCUUCAUCAUCAACAGGUGGCGCUCGUGGCCACAGCCAAUGGAACACAUAUUGCUGUGCAGCUGGAGGAGCAGCAAACCUUAGAGGAGGCCAUCAGUGUGGCCACUGCUGCCAUGCAGCAAGGGACUGUGACCUUGGAGACAGCAGCAUCGGAGAGUGGCUGCUGA